AUGACGCGUCUCCAAUUGUCGCUGAAUGCCAAAGGCCUUAAGAAUCUUUCGGCAUUCUAUAAUAAAUCUGAUCCCUUUGCGGUCGUUACGGUCCGAGGAGAUCACAAAGACAACACACCCGAAAUUGUUGGACGAACCGAAGUUUGCUUCAACAAUCUAAAUCCCAAAUGGGCCACGAUUGUCUUUUUGGAGAAUUAUGAGUUUGGAGUCCCAUGCUAUAUUGAAGUGGGAGUCUUUGAUUUUGAUUCCAAAACGGUGGGACAAUCCGAAAAUCGAUUGCGAUUGAAUGACGCGGUCAAGAAUUUAAAUGUGGUCUGCGAUGCUUCCUCUCGGGAUUUGUUGCGGAAUGGAAAAUACCCCCACCGGGUCAUGGGCACUGCUUUGUUUGAAGUGGGAGACAUAUUGGCGUCAAGAGGAAAUGUCGGAUCCAAGAAACUGCAGUCCGGAGGAACCAUUUAUGCGCAGAUUGAGCGAUCACGAGAAUCUGGAAAGAAAGGACAAUUCAAAUUCAAACUCCGGGCCUUCAAAUUGAGAAAUGUGCAAAAGUUUGGGAGUACCAGCAGCCCAUUUUUUGAACUGUCUCGCAAAGUGGAUCGACCAUCUGGGGCCACAUGGGUCAAAGUAUAUCAGUCCAAUGUGGUACGGAGUGAUUUGCAUCCAAUUUGGCAGGAAGCCUUGUUAGAUAUUGAAACGAUAUGCAAUGGAGAUUUGGACCGGGCCAUGAAAAUAUCCGUCUGGGAUCAUCGGAGGCGGGGGAACCACAAAUUCAUUGGAGAAUUUGAAACCACUGUCAAUUUGCUAGUGAAAUCGCAAAAUAUGGAUGGAGAAAUUGUCACCUUUGAUUUGCGAAAGCAAGACAAACAUACUGGACACUGUGAAGCAUUGAAAGCGUCAUUAGUAGGAGUGGUGGAUGUGGAUGGAAACGCUAUUGAAAAUACGAAUGAUGAACAUGAAGAGAAUGGAGGAGGAGGAGGAGGAACAUCGGCAGAGCAACUAAAUGGAGGACCGUCGCCACCCUUGCCCCUGCAGGAACAACCAGAGUUUAUUGAUUAUCUGACGGGUGGAUGCCAAAUCAGUCUAGCGGUGGCAAUUGACUUUACGUCAUCCAAUGGAGACCCACGAAAACAUGGGACCCCACACUUUUUUCACCCACCCGAAUCCGACGAAUGGAACGACUACGAAAAGGCCAUCUUUGCCGUCGGAUCCAUUCUAGCCAAGUUCGAUACGGACCAACAGUUUCCAGUAUGGGGAUUUGGCGCGAAAUACAACAAUGUGGUACGACACUGCUUCCAAUGCGGGGCGGAAGUUGAAGUGGAUGGUGUCCAGGGUAUCAUGGAUGCCUACCGAGGGGUAUUCCGAACCCCAUUGACCAUGAGUUAUCCGACGCGAUUCACAGAAGUGAUUGAAACGGCGGCAGCCUAUGCGCAGCACGAACAGGAGGAAGCUAGUGAAGUGGGCCAACUAUCGUACACCAUUCUCUUGAUUUUGACGGCUGGUAAUGUGGAGGAUGUUGAAGCGACCAAACAACGACUGAUCGCAGCGAGCAACGAACCCCUGUCGGUGGUCAUUGUAGGAAUUGGCAAGACCAAUUUUGAAGGAAUGGACUUUUUGGACAAUUUUCAUCACAAUGGAGGAGAAUCGCGGGAUAUUACCAAGUUUGUGCAGUUCAAUGACUAUCAGAACUACAAUGCAUUGACGCAGGCAGUAUUGGAUGAAAUUCCACAUCAAUUGGUGGAUUACUUUUUGAGCAGAGGCAUACUGCCAGGCAAAGUGGACGAUGAAUUUGAAACGCUGGAUUCGGAGAUUCUCCCACCCGACGAUGACGAACGGACGCUUACCUUUUUGGGAUAG